AUGGCAUGUUCUUCAUCUUCUGUUGCUUUGAAACUAGAGGAACUUCUCACUUGUUCUAUAUGCCGGGACUCAUUUACUAAUCCUAGGAUCUUACCUUGUUAUCACUCUUUUUGUCAGAGAUGUCUGGAAAGAGUACCUCAAAAUAAGAAAAAUGAAGUAUAUUAUCUCUCUUGUCCUGUUUGUCGUAAUGAUGCAGAGAUCCCGAAGGAAGGGUUUCCUACCUCAUUCUUUAUCAACAAUCUCAAAGACAUGCAAGACAGUAUAGUGUUGAUUGAUUGCUUUGAUCAUAAGAAGCCUUUAGAUCUUUUUUGUGACAAGUGUAACACACUUAUUUGUUCCACUUGUGCAGUAUCUCAUAAAGGUCAUGGCUAUCAAGAUAUCAAUCUCUGCUAUGGUAAACACCGUGUUAAACUAGAAGAAUGUCUUGAGAAAGUUAAGGCAAAAGAGGAUAAAAUUAAAAAGAAGGAAUUUGUAAAAAGUCUUAACGAUAGAGAAAAGGAGAUUAUAGAGAGAGGGGCUAAAAUCAAAAAGGAAAUUCAUGAUACAACAGAGAAGCUUAUUGCUAAUCUUCGUUGCUCAGAAGAGAAAUUAAUUAAGCAGGCAGAUAAUAUCACCUAUUAUAAAGUUCAGUCUCUUUCAAAGCAGAAAGAGUCUGCCGAAGCUAUUUUAAGCCAACUCAAAUGCCAAAGGGAUUUAUUGAGCGAGAUUCUUCAAGAAGAUAUUCAUCAACAGGUGUUUAUGUUAGACAAAUUUUGUGCCGAAACAACUAAGUACAUUGAUGAGAUAAAUUUAGAUGAGUUGAAUCCAAAUAAAAAUGCUGAUUUUGUAUUGAAUAAAAAAGCCAGAGCACCUGCAUGUACAUGUAUGAGUAUUGGGGAAAUUAUUGAAAUUAAAGCAUUGGAAAGGUUUAAAGUGGAAAUCGACUCUACUCAAUGGCAUUCAAAGAACAAAAUUUCGUUUCAGCUGUCAAUGGUGAAGGUAAAAGAUUCAUCUCUUCUGAAUGUUUCUGAAUCAUUUCUUCAAUGUAGUCUUGUACAAAAUGAUCGACCUAAUGAACUCAUUGUUGCUACUGUUGCUCGUAAUGCUGCUCGUCCUGGAGUAUAUACAAUAAAAUGCGAGAUUAAAGUUACCAAUGCUUACACUGUUAAGCUACAGUUGGAUGAUUUUAUAUUUGAAGAUACACCAAUGAUUGCUCCCAUUAAUCCUUACCUUUUUAAUGUCACUGCUGUACAAAAAAUACCUGGUUUCUGCCUUCCCCAUGCUAUAGCUAUAAAUGAUGAUAGUGCGAAUCACAUUGCAGUAGUUGAAAAAGAUGGUGUUACAAUAUUGAAUAAAGAAAUAGUAAAAGAAAAUUCGUUUAAAAUGGAAGGAGGCAAGAUCUGUGGCGCAGCCAUCACUAAAAAUUUUGUUCUUGUGUCCAGCAUUAAAGGGAUUCAGAAAAUUAGAAUGGAUGAAGGCACUCCUAAAGUAAUGCCACUAAAAAUUCGCAAACCUCAUGGAAUAGCCAUUUCACCAGCAACGGGCCAAGUUUAUUUUGCUGAUAGUGGGCACCAUUGUGUGCAAGUUUUGAAGCCUGAUCUCACUUUCUCUCAUUCAUUUGGUAAAGAAGGCCCACAAAACGGAAAUUUUACCAAGCCAUAUGAUGUAGCUGUUGACAGCAGAGGGUACGUGUACGUUACCGAUUCUUGUAGUAAUCGAAUUCAAAAGUUUAAUUCAGAUGGCGCAUUUCAAAUACAAUUUUGUAUUCCUGAAAAUUUUAAAUGCCCACGUUUUAUCGCUGUAGACAAUGAAGGAUAUGUGUAUGUUAGUCAAAAAAAGAGUUCUCAUCUCUCUAUCUUCACUAGUGAUGGUGUCUUCAUUUGUUUCUUUGAUAUAGAGGGUGUCGAUGGUGAGGAUAUUCAUGUUUGUGGUUAUCCAACAGGAUUAGCGUUUGAUAGAGAUGGGUCAUUAUAUGUUUGUGACUCUGAAAAUGUUAUUAAGUGUAAAAAGAAGAAGGAAAUUGUUAUAUAA